AUGAUCAUUAACAACACAACACAAAAACAUAGCUAUCAGUGCGAGAUUACCAUGGCUCAACGGCGUGAAGGUGAAAUCAGCAAUGGACCGGCCAACUCAGAAGCCUUCUCCAUCGCAGACCGGCAAUUUUUAGCAACGGAUCUCGCCCGCAUGACAGACUUAGCGAUUCUCGGACAAUCUCUGAGAUUGAAGUCUGUCAUUUUGACGGCCUCUUCCUUCGGCCGCCUCUUUCAGACUGCGCGUUCUCGACCCGAGUUGCAACGACUCAACCAAAUCGGAGUUGGUCUACAGGGAGCUGUCUUCGAGCAGGUCGGGAAGCCUCUGGCUCUGAAAAAAGAAAGUCCAGGAAAUGAAAAGCUACCAUCAAACCUCUAUCAUGAGUAUAAGAUCCACUGUGAUGUUUCCGCUGCAUUCGAACAUUAUCAGUCGAUCAAUAGGGAAGUCCGCGUUCCGAUACCUUUCGAGUUAUCUCUCGGAAGCAAGACAGCGCUUUCUGGGAUGAAAUCUUAUCAAAAAAGCUCCCAAGGAUUAUCGCAUGCGCGGCGACCUUGUGACGAUGGAAUGGAUUCUUCCAUUACCGAAAAUGGUGCGGAAUGCCUUGAUCUCUCAUUUUUGCGUUCCCGAACACUGUGA